GCGUAUCACCAAAGAAGAACUGAGAAGUGAUCUUCACUUUUUAAGAAAUGUGUCUGUUCAAGAGACAUUAGUCGCUAUAUUAGGUUUUUCUACACAUUUUUCUGAUUAGUUUCUAUUUCCAUAUCCUUGAUUUUAGAGUCACUUGGUUUUCUAGGUGAUUUUGGACGCCAUAGUUUUGAAGCUCGCAAACAACCCGCCGUCUUUCGUCUCUUUUUUUUUUUCCCAAGUUAGCAGCAGCCAUGUCGGGUGUUGUGCGAGGCCCCGCUGGGAACAAUGACUGCCGAAUUUACGUGGGGAAUCUCCCGCCGGAUAUUCGCACCAAAGAUGUGGAGGACGUGUUCUACAAGUACGGGACGAUCCGAGAUAUCGACCUAAAGAACCGCAGAGGAGGUCCGCCGUUCGCCUUUAUCGAGUUCGAAGACCCGAGGGACGCCGACGAUGCGGUCUACGGACGUGAUGGGUACGACUACGACGGCUACAGGCUGCGGGUGGAGUUCCCACGGAGCGGCAGAGGCUCCAGAGGCGGGUACGGGGGCAUCGGUGGAGCACCGAGGGGCAGAUAUGGACCUCCAUCCAGGCGCUCAGAGUACCGGGUCGUUGUGUCAGGUCUUCCUCAGAGUGGCAGCUGGCAGGACCUGAAGGACCACAUGCGCGAGGCGGGCGAUGUGUGCUACGCCGACGUUUACAGGGACGGAACCGGAGUUGUAGAGUUUGUGCGCAAAGAGGACAUGACCUAUGCCGUCCGAAAGCUGGACAACACCAAAUUCCGCUCCCACGAGGGAGAGACUGCUUACAUUCGUGUGAAAUUAGACGGUCCCCGCAGCCCGAGUUACGGACGAUCACGCUCCCGCAGCGUGGCAGCAGAAGCCGGAGCCACAGUCGCAGCGCCAGCCGCAGUCGCAGCAAUUCCCGAGGCCGUGGCCGAGGAUCUCCCCGCUACUCGCCCCGUCACAGCCGCUCUCGUUCCCGCUCUUAAACCUUUGCCGCCAUCAAUGACAUCUGAGGAGAAGGAUUAAAGUGAUUUGGAAUAAAACCAUUGUGGAGCACAUUUCAUUUGUAUGGUCAGGAUACAAAUAGGACAUCUAGGAGGAGGAUAGGACAUCUAGGACCAAUCAGGUCGAGGCAAUGGUAUGCUUCAUAUUCCAUAAACUGAACAUUUUGACAGGUUGCCAUGUUAUGCAUGUUAUUUAACAAAGAUAUGUGUUACUGUACUUUGUUAAGACAGUCUGUAACAUGCUACUCUGGUUUCUGACAGAAUAAGCAGUCCUAAAUCAAGUGUUGCGAUGUAAGUGUAAUCCUUGCUGUCAAAUGUAAAGAAAAAAAAAAAAGACAAAAACUGCUUUGUAUUAAAAGCAUCCCAGUUUUGAGCAUCCUUGUUGGUUAAAAAAAAUGCUUUGACGUCAGGAAUUUUGCAAGUUUUUUUUUUCUUUAGUCUUUUUGAGUGUUCAGUGGAAAAAAAAUAGGCCCAAAACUCUUGACAUUUCAUUCUAACGGUCUGCCUCUGAUUUUCUUCCUGGUAUUUCAAGGUUUUGAUUGGAGGAGUGGCUCAAUGGAUCCCAAUCCUUGGAGCUGGAUGAGUGGAUCGAUUAGGGAAGGGAUAGGCAAGGAUGGAUGCUCGGGAACGGGAGCAGUUUCCAGGAUUCAAAUUUAUCAGAACAAAAAUAAUGGGAGUCCCAGAGCACCUUUCUUUUUUUUAUGCCCCUUUUUGGUUUAGACCCCAAAGGCUUUAUAAUAGAAGAAAACGAAACAGAGGACCAGGAAGUUGGAUCAAAGGAUGGAGUCGUAGAUGUCCGGUAUGAGGGAAUUAAAAAAAAAAGGGGAGGUUGGGAGAGGGUUAAAAUCUGGGAAUAGUUUGUAAUGUUUUUGCUUUGCAUAAUCUUUCUUUUAACAUUUUCAAUAAACACACUUUCAAACAUA